AUGAAACCAUCCGGUCAUAUUGAUAAAGUGAUGCACAUAAUUGGUGGAGAAGAAGUUCUAAAGCAUCGAUUGCGGUUGAAAACAACAAUUAUGGUUGUCAAACAGUUGGCUUUACAAGGAAGUUCUUUUAGAGGGCAUGAUGAAUCUGAUGAUUCUUUGAAUCCGGGGAAUGUUCUAGCUUGGAUUGGUUUUGCAGCGAAGUUGAAUGAUCAAAUCAAUAGUGUAGUUCUUCGUAAUGCACCAGGAAAUGCGAAAUACACUUCACCAAGCAUUCAGAAGGAGAUAUUGGGAAUCAUAGCAAAUAGAGUGCGUUGUAAGAUACGCGAGGAGAUUGGAGAUUCUUGUUUCUCUAUUCUUGUUGAUGAAGCAGUUGAUGAAGCAGGAAGGGAACAAAUGUCUAUUAUUGUGAGGUAUGUCAGUUCUUCUGGUAUAGUAACUGAACGCUUUUUCGCUCUCAAGAGUGUAGCUGAUACUUCUGCAGAAACAUUAAAACAAGCUAUUUGUGACGUUCUCUCUCAGUAUGACCUUCAAAUUGAAAAAUUGAGAGGUCAAGGAUAUGAUGGUGCUAGUAAUAUGUCAGGACAGUUUAAUGGAGUCAAGGCAUUAUUUCUUAGAGAUUGCCCAUAUGCCUAUUUUGUCCACUGUUUUGCUCAUAGAUUACAGUUGGCAUUGAUGACUUCUGCAAAGGUAUGUGAUCCUAUAUGGGAUUUCUUUUCCAUAUUGGAUUGUAUCAUAAACGUUGUGAAGGCUUCUCCUAAACGGAUCAGGGAGUUGCAAGCAAUUCACAAAAAAGAUCUUGAUGGUAUGUUGGAUGUUGGAGAAAUUCAAUCUGGACAAGGAGCUAAUCAAAUGACAUCCUUAAAGCGUUCGGGGCCAACUCGUUGGGGAUCUCAUUAUCAUUCCAUAUUGAGCAUUAUAAACAUGUUCAAUGCAACAUGUGUAGUGCUAGAGGAUCUUUGUCGUUCUAAAGAAGGAGAACAACGAGCUCAAGCCAGAGGUGCUUCAAAAAAUAUCAAGACUUUUGAGUUUGUGUUCAAUCUUCACUUGAUGAAAGGGAUUAUGGAUAUCACGGAUUUUCUUUGUCAAGCAUUUCAACAAGAAUCUGUUGAUAUUGUAGCUGCAGUUGGAUUUGUUUCCAUGGCAAAAGUUAAACUUCAAAAGCUACGAGAUGAAGGAUGGGACAAGCUACUCCAAGAGGUAAAAUCUUUUUGCUCAAAACAUGCCAUAGAGGUACCUAAUAUGAAUGCUACACUUGGACGUGGUGAGAAGCAAACAACUCUUGAGCACCGCUACCAUUUUGAAUACUUUAAUCAAUGCAUAGAUUUUCAGUUGGGAACAUUGAAUUCAAGAUUCAAUGAGUAUCAGUCAGAUUGCUUCAGUUGA